AUGGCAGGCCCCUUCCCCACCGAACUCUGGGAGUCCAUAUUCGCCCACUUCGAAUGCCCCAUGCCCCCCGACAAAUGGUGGUACUACGGCUCCCAAUACGACGUCUCAUCUCUCAAAGACCUCGCCUCCUUGGCCCUCGUAUGCCGGGCGUUUCGUCCCAUCGCACAGCACUUCAUGUACGGCACCCUGCUAGCAGAUGGCUUUCGCGAUGACCAAAAGUGCAAACGGCUUCUUGCGCAGUCGAUGGCGGAGAAUCCGCGGUUGGGAGCGUACGUGAGGAGGGCGUGUAUUAGCGACUGGGGGCACGGGUCGGCGAAGGGUGUCGAUUUUGGGCGUGUGCUUGCGAGGGAGGAUGUAUCUGAUAGAGCGAAGCGGUGGCUGGAGGUGAUGAUGAUGGAGUACGCGGCGUUGGAGUGGAAUGCGCAGUUGUUUGCGCUGAUGCCGAAUUUGGAGGUCGUGGAUGUGUCUGUGUUUAUGGAUGCGGGGCAUCUUGCGGGGUUGCUGAGUGGGAGGCGAGAUGUUGAGAGGAUGGUGCGGGCUGAGGCGGAGGUGAGACAGGAGAUGGGGUAUUUGUAUGACGAUGAGGAGGGGGAGAUGGAGAAGAAGAUCCCGACGAUUCUCAGUGAUGAGACGCUGGCGGAAAAUGCGCUGCCCCAGCUCAAGGAGGUCCGCCUGAGACAUGCAGACUGUACGGAUGGCAGCCUCGGUAUAUCAGACAUCGAAGCGAUUCUGCUCCACCCCGGGCUUGAGCGACUCCAUCUCCUCGGCUUCGACUGGACGUCGUUCGGCCUAGACAAAGCGAAAUGGCCGCUAUACCCCAACCCCACGCUCCAGAUGCUCGACCUUCGAGAAUGCCUCGUCGACGCCUACAGCCUGAGUAAUAUCUUCGCGCGCUUCCACAACCUGCACACUCUCCACAUCAUACUGGGCGAUUCCCGCAGAGAAUCCUCAAGCGGGCGUUACUCAAGAGAACAAGGCUCCUGGGACGUCAACCUCACCGACAUAGGCACCCUCCUGCGUCGCCACGGCCAAAACCUCAUUUCCUUCGAGCUCCACACACCAGAAUACAACUCCUUCUCCCUCGCCGAAGGCCGCCUCGGUUCCCUCGCACCCAUGACCUCCCUCCGACACCUCAAAAUCGUCGAAAACGACCUCACAGGCCGCAGAACCCGAAGCUACGUCAGCGAGUCGUAUGCCACGCUUCCGCUUGAAGAUGUCCUGCCUGCAGGGCUCGAGACGCUGUAUCUGCAUUUCGAUGACGAGUAUUCUGAGCCUUGUCCGGCGGACGAACAGCUGUUUGAGAUUCUCAAGCGGACGGUGAGCAGUGGUAGGUUUCCUGAUUUGCGGGAGAUCAAGGUGGAGAGGUAUCUUAACGAUCCCACGAAGAAGUUGGAGCCGGAGAUUGAAGGGUGGAAGGUAUGUGUGAAUGAGGUGCAUUUGUGGGGACGGCCGAGUUCGAGUGGGUGUAUGCGGACGGUGAUUGAACUUAGUCGGCUUGGAGAUGAGUAA